AUGCCACCAGCAACCAAGAAAACAGAUGACAAUACAGAGACUGGACAUUCUGACCAGCACUCUGACCAGCACUCUCACCAGCAUUCUGACCAGCACUCUGACCAGCACCCUAAGCCCAAACCAAAAGUCAACACAAUGACAGCUCCCUUCACAACUAUUAUAAAUCCACUUUACCAAAUUACCAGCACAGGAGUUCCCCAACUUCUGACCUUUUGGAUCAAUGGCGGUUCUGACGUCGUGCUUCAAGCCCGAAAUAACUACAGCACCGCGGACGAACCUACUUUUUCAGACACAGCGACCGAGGGCACCGGUCCCCUCGAGAAUCCAUCAUCUCUCACAUCUUUCGUAUACCAAGCAUUGGUGCGUGCAAAAUUCCUUGUUCGGGUCCGGGGCCAUCCAUUGUGCGUCUAUGGGAUCUCUCCCAAGAAAGAGAUUGUCAGAGUCAGCCCUACCUUCCAGGUAGUAGACUCUGUGAACUGCAAUAUCGAAAAGAAUGCCCCAAGUUUGGCCGGCUGUAGUGACGGCGCCGACGCCGCCUGGCUUUACUAUUUCAAAACAAACACGGUUGGCAGACAAGAGUUGAAAGAAUACGACGUCAGCGGCAAGCAAUUGACCCCGUACGUCGGUACAGUCGAAACCGAUCCGUACUCUAAGCUUGCCGCCGUCUAUAUAGACGCUAAAACUCGCUGUGUGUUCUUUCAAAUCACAGGUGAUAAAGACUCAAACAUCGGGAUGGUUGAUCCCAUUACAGGAAGCAAUGGGAUAAUCACGUCAGCUACGAAUGUCCUUCCAAACUCGCCAAUCGCAGCAUGUCUAGUCGAGGAUGCGAUAUGGGUCUACUAUCUAGAUAAAUCAGAAAACAUCAUGAAAUUGAUCAUUGGUGUGGCGAACGUAGCGGCAGGAGGCACGGCUUUUGCCUCCAUCCCAGCGCCAACAUCGGUGAACUCAGAUACUCCAUUGAAAUACAGUUCACUAUCGGCCAGUCCGUCACCAAUUGACAGGAAUACAUAUGUCACCUACGCCCUUCCCGCCGGGUCGAAUCCAAUUAUGAGAUGCUUUGUAGAUCCAUGGCCAUCGAAAUAA